AUGGGUCACUAGUGUUCUAAAUGUCAAAUCAAUGAUGAAAAUGAAUUCAUUCUUGCUAAUAUAGUUCCAGAACGCAAACACAACUUUUAAUUGGAAGAUCUUGAGGAUAGUUUUGAAAGUGAUCCAAGUAGAAACAGUAUUCAAUUAUUUAUAGAUUAUCCACCUUCUACAACAAUAAAUAAAACUAUGGAAGAAAAAAGCAUUCAAUUUUCUAAGAUGUAAAAAGAAAGUUAACAUACAAUACCAUCUGAAUAUCAAAAAUUAGAAGAAUUAUAAAUGGACGAUGAUUCCAAGUUUUUCGGAUAAAUCAAAGAUGGUUAGGCUAAUGGAAAUGGAAAAUUAUGGUUAAAAAAUGGAGACUAUUAUGAAGGUGAUUUCUAAGAUAAUUUAAUGCAUGGCAAAGGAAUCUAUAACAAUAAAAAUGGGCCUAUUUUUGAAGGUUAGUUUUUAUUUAACAAACCUGAUGGAUUCGGUGUUGAAUCUUGGCCAGAUGGUUCUAUUUAUGAAGGCCACUUUAAAGAAGGUAAAAAAUGUGGUAAAGGAUGUUACAAGUGGUAUUAAGGUUGUGUUUAUGUUGGAGAAUGGAAGGAUAACAAAAUUCAUGGGUUUGGAAGAUAUGAUUGGCCUGAUGGAAGGGUAUGUUGAUAGAUAAUAAUUCCAGUCUUACUCCGGUAGUUGGGCCUAUAAUCAAAUGCAUGGUAGAGGAAAGUACAUUUGGAAGGACGGGAAAUGCUAUGACGGUGAAUAUUAGAAUGAUAAAAAAUAAGGUUUCGGAAUAUUUUAUUGGCCAGAUUGUAAAUAAUAUUAAGGCCCAUGGAAAGACGGAAAGUAACAUGGGAAAGGAAUGAUGAUAUAUCCAGAUGGAAAAAAAAAAGUCGGAAUUUGGUAAUAUGGGAAAUUGAUAAAUUAUACUGAAGAUGAUAAUUUUCAAAUCAUUCCAGAAAAUUGGUUACAAUAAUGA